GUCGGACCAUGAGCUUCUCAAGCUGCAGCUCCUGAUCCUCUCUCUCUGAAUAAAGAUAGAUCUUUACCCAGACUGCACAUUCCUUCCUCUGUCCCAGAUCUAGCACAGUAGCGCCUCGACACACGAACAAACCCGUUCAUGUACAAAUCGGUUUACGAACAGGAGCGUACGUAAAAUCUUGCUUCAACGUACGUACGAAAUUCAAGGUACGAACACAAAAGCUCUCGGGCCCCGCGUGAUCUCAUUCAGUUCGUCUUUGGCGUGUGCGCUGUGAACAGCCGUCCAACCAUUCUUACGCUAUCCGAACAAUGGGAAAAGUUGAUUCAGUUCGCGAACUUUUCGGAUUAAGUUCAUAAGUCGAGGCGCUACUGUAUUUGAAAAUCUGAAGGCGGAAGUUUCAACAUCAACAGAUGAAGGGCUUAAGCCCGAAACGUUGACUCUCCUACUUCUCGGAUGCAGCCUCACCUGCUGUGCUUUUCCAGUGCCACACUUUUCAAUACUGACUCUCCAGUGUCUGCAGUCCUCACUUUGACGUCAAUGUCUGACAGUCACUCAAUCCAUUGGGACCGCAACGGUUUUCAUCUAUGAUUCUGUGAGAAGGAGCAAAGAUUUUUGGUUCCUGUCUAAGUACGUUUUCAGCAUCAGCGGGACUGGAUGAGAGAGCCUACCAUUGCAGUGCACUGAGUGUGGAGCCUAAAAUAACUAUACGGCCUGGAAAGAGGAAUUCACAGCAGGGAGUGGCUCCACACUUCGGCCAUGGAGAAACGCGAGGAAUCCCACCUCUUGGAGAAACCAUGGAACUGUGGUGACUGCGGGAAAGGCUUCCGUUUUCCAUCUUCCCUGGAGAUUCAUCGGCGUAGUCACACUGGGCAGAGGCCAUUCACCUGCCCAGUCUGUGGGGAGGCCUUCAGAUAUUCCUCCACCCUGCUGACCCACCAGCGUAUCCACACGGGGGAGACGCCCUACAGCUGCCCCGAGUGCGGGAAGGCCUUUACCCAGGUCUCUGGACUGCAAAACCACCAGUGGGUCCACACAGGGGAGAGGUCCUUCAGCUGUCCCGAGUGCAGGAAGGGCUUCAGCAAUUCCUCCUCUCUGCUGAGGCACCAGCGGGCCCACACGGGGGAAGAGGCCCUUCAGCUGCCCUAAGUGCGGAAAAGCCUUCAGG